GCCGGCGAGGUCGGUUCCGCCCGACUCUAACAUGGCGGCGCCCUUUGUCUGCCUGGAAGUGCCGUCCCCGGCCUUCUCGCGGUCGUGAUGCACCUCCCUGGGCGGCGGGGUCCGGGACAUGGCAGCCAUGGAUUUCCCUCAGCACAGCCAGCACGUCUUGGAGCAGCUGAACCAGCAGCGGCAGCAGGGGCUUUUGUGUGACUGCACUUUUGUGGUGGACGGUGUUGAUUUUAAGGCCCAUAAAGCAGUGCUGGCCGCCUGCAGCGAGUACUUCAAGAUGCUCUUCGUGGACCAGAAGGAUGUGGUGCAACUGGACAUCAGUAACGCAGCAGAUGCGGAAACUGAGACCCAAAGAGUUCAGGUGACUGGCCUGGAGGUCAGCGAGAGAGUUUGUGGCAGAGCGCCGAUGAAAGUCCUUACUAUCACUUUGGUUGGAUUGCCUUCCGGCGGCCUGGGGCAGGUACUGGAGUUUAUUUACACGGCCAAGCUCAGCCUGAGCUCUGAGAAUGUGGACGAUGUGCUGGCCGUGGCCAGCUUCCUGCAGAUGCAGGACAUCAUCACGGCCUGCCAUGCCCUCAAGUCACUCGCCGAGCCGGCCACCAGCCCUGGGGAGAAUAUGGAGGCCUUGGCCAUGGAAGGAGGGGACAGGAGAGCCAAAGAGAAGGCUGCGGCCACCACGCUGAGUGAGCUGAACCCUGCUGGAGGCAGUCCACCCAGGGGCCCAGGCAGGGAGCCCAAGGAGGAGCGAGGCGGUCAGGCAGAGAGUGCGGCCAGCGGUGCAGAGCAGACGGAGAAGGCCGAUGCCCCCCGGGAGCCACCGCCAGUAGAGCCCAAGCCCGACCCCACCGGUGGCAUGGCUGCUGCUGAAGCCGAGGCCGCCUUGUCGGAGAGCUCAGAGCAAGAAAUGCAGGUGGAGCCAGCCAGGAAAGGAGAAGAGGGCGAGGAGGACGCCAUGCCUUCUGGGGUCAAGGAAGAAGGGCCGCAGCUGGACAAGGGGGAUGCCCCCGAGGAGAGUGAGGAGUCGGCCAGCACCGACUCGGGCCAGGAGCUGGGCGCAGAGGCCCGGGGCCUGCGCCCAAGCACCUAUGGCGACCGUACCGAGUCCAAGGCCUAUGGCUCCAUCAUCCACAAGUGCGAGGACUGUGGGAAGGAGUUCACACACACGGGGAACUUCAAGCGGCACAUCCGCAUCCACACAGGCGAGAAGCCCUUCUCGUGCCGGGAGUGCAGCAAGGCCUUCUCUGAUCCAGCCGCCUGCAAGGCCCACGAGAAGACGCACAGCCCGCUGAAGCCCUACGGCUGCGAGGAGUGCGGCAAGAGCUACCGGCUCAUCAGCCUGCUGAACCUGCACAAGAAGCGGCACUCCGGCGAGGCGCGCUACCGCUGCGAGGACUGCGGCAAGCUCUUCACCACGUCCGGCAACCUCAAGCGGCACCAGCUGGUGCACAGCGGCGAGAAGCCCUACCAGUGCGACUACUGCGGCCGCUCCUUCUCCGACCCCACCUCCAAGAUGCGCCACCUGGAGACUCAUGACACUGACAAGGAGCACAAGUGCCCUCAUUGUGACAAGAAGUUCAACCAGGUGGGGAAUCUGAAGGCCCACCUAAAGAUCCACAUCGCGGACGGGCCCCUCAAGUGUCGAGAGUGUGGGAAGCAGUUCACCACCUCAGGGAACCUAAAGCGGCACCUUCGGAUCCAUAGCGGGGAGAAACCCUACGUGUGCAACCACUGCCAGCGGCAGUUCGCUGACCCCGGCGCUCUGCAGCGGCACGUCCGCAUCCACACGGGCGAGAAGCCAUGCCAGUGCGUGAUGUGCGGCAAAGCCUUCACCCAGGCCAGCUCCCUCAUCGCCCACGUGCGCCAGCACACUGGGGAGAAGCCCUACGUCUGUGAGCGCUGCGGCAAGAGAUUUGUCCAGUCCAGCCAGUUGGCCAAUCACAUUCGCCACCAUGACAACAUCCGCCCCCACAAGUGCAGCGUGUGCAGCAAGGCCUUUGUGAACGUGGGGGACCUAUCCAAGCACAUCAUCAUCCACACUGGAGAGAAGCCUUACCUCUGUGACAAGUGCGGUCGCGGCUUCAACCGCGUGGACAACCUUCGUUCCCAUGUGAAGACCGUGCACCAGGGCAAGGCAGGCAUCAAAAUCCUGGAGCCAGAGGAGGGUGGUGAGGUCAGCGUAGUCACUGUGGAUGACAUGGUUACGCUGGCCACCGAGGCACUGGCGGCAACAGCCGUCACUCAGCUCACAGUGGUACCAGUGGGGGCUGCAGUGACUGCUGACGAGACGGAAGUGCUUAAAGCCGAGAUCAGCAAAGCUGUGAAGCAAGUACAGGAAGAAGACCCCAACACCCAUAUCCUCUAUGCCUGUGACUCCUGUGGGGACAAGUUCCUGGAUGCCAACAGCCUGGCCCAGCAUGUGCGGAUCCACACAGCACAGGCACUGGUUAUGUUCCAGACGGACGCGGACUUCUAUCAGCAGUACGGGUCAGGCAGCACGUGGCCAGCCGGGCAGGUGUUGCAGACUGGGGAACUGGUCUUCCGCCCUCGGGAUGGGGCUGACAGCCAGCCUGCUCUGGCAGAGACACCCCACACAGCCCCAGAAUGUCCACCGCCUGCUGACUUCUCACCUGUUCACCAUGAGGAUCCCAACUCUCUUCUCUGCCAUGGAGCUGCUCCCCCUCUGCCUGGGGGUUGGGAGCUGGGCCAGCAGAGGCUGGCCACACUACUUACCAGGAUCCAGGCAACCCAGAGAGCCCAGCUCAGGUGCCAUUCAGCCAGAGCAACAAGCUUGUACUUCCAGCUGCAGGGGAAGCCUGGCCCACCACCCCAUCUUCCUGUCAGGAAUACUGUUCCACCAGGCUGCCAGGCUGUGCCACUGCUGCUGCAGGGCUGGCCUGCACCACACCCAGAGGGAGGAAGGGUGAAGAGUCAAGACACCAAAGCUUGCUCAAGAUGUUUGAGUGUGCAUGGCGGUGGUUUUACCUGUAGUGCCUUCCACAUUAUCCAGAACCAAUCAGAGCCUUGAAGUAUCACAGGUCUUUACAGCACCACAGCACUGAGAAAAGUUAGGUCUGUGACAAAGAUCUGUUUUAUACAAGAUAAAAUGAUCCUUGGGGGGUUUAAGUGGUAGAUCGGAAAUAGGUUCCCUAUACAGAC